AGCUUACGUUUGACGCGUAUCGUCGACCACAACAUCGAUAUCGAUCGAGCCGACAAAAGAAAAAAAAUUAUGUGAACAUUCCUCUUCUUUCUUUUUUGGUUUAAAUGUUAACAUUCCUCUUCUUUCUUUUUUUGUUUAAAUUUGAAGAAUCCUCUUUCUCUCUCACAAUCACACGAAUCUUGUCUUCUUUUCUCUCCGUCUCUUUCGAUACUUGGCUUCAAUCCUGUGACGUCCUGUUCUAUUGUGCCUUAAUCGGGUAUCUAGGUUCGUGUGAGAAAACAGAACAAUAUAAUGUAUCCUUGUGGUUACGUUGCUCAAGUCACCAACUUGUCUCCUCAAGCCACUGAGAAAGAUGUUCAUAGGUUCUUCUCUCACUGUGGUAUCGUCGAGCUCGUUGAAAUCACCGGGUGCCAAGGGGAUGCAUUAACGGCUUAUGUAACCUUCAGAGAUGCGUAUGCUCUGGAUAUGGCUGUGUUACUUAGCGGAGCUACGAUCGUUGAUCAAACCGUUUGGAUAUCGGUCUACGGUGUCUAUUUACAUGAAUCUAACAAUCUCAGACAAGAAGAAGACUAUAGUGUUACGGUGACUCGUUCAGACGCGUUUGCUUCAUCGCCUGGAGAGGCCAUAACCGUGGCUCAACAAGUUGUGCAGACGAUGUUAGCUAAAGGCUACGUUUUAAGCAAAGACGCGAUUGGUAAAGCCAAAGCUUUGGAUGAGUCUCAGAGAUUUUCAAGCUUGGUAGCGACCAAAUUGGCAGAGAUCAGCCAUUACCUUGGCCUCACACAGAACAUUCAGUCGAGUAUGGAACUCGUGAGAUCAGCGGACGAGAAGUAUCAUUUCUCGGAUUUCACUAAAUCCGCGGUUCUUGUCACGGGCACAGCUGCUGUAGCCGCAGCCACCAUUACAGGGAAAGUGGCUGCAGCUGCAGCGACUAGUGUGGUCAACAGUCGUUACUUUGCUAAUGGGGCUUUAUGGUUCUCAGAUGCUUUGGGCCGGGCUGCAAAAGCAGCGGCCCAUAUCGGUGGAGGAGGAAGCAAUUGAUGUAAAAAGUCUUUGGGCUUCCUUGGAAAACAUAAAUAAAUGAUAUGUGAGGUUUUAAAGCAUAAAAGGUGUUGUGAAAAGAAAAAGAAAAAAAAAACCAUCAUGAAGAUAUGAUUAGUAACGUUACAUGAUCGAAAAUAUUUGAGGCAGAAACUAUAAAAUAACUUUAUUACAUGAACUGGAGAAUAUAUAUGAAAUAUAAUAAUAAGCCUAAAGCUUUUAAAAUAUUAAGGAUGGGUCCUAGAAAC